AAUAAUAUUAUUUUGCAUUUAUUUGAUGUGUAUAAUUAUUGCAUGUAUUCCGAUGCGCACGUGUAAGAGCUAUCUUAUGUUCAUGACAAUCUAAGAUGGUCGCUCGUGAAUGUCUCCAGUAAAAGUAUAGUGACGCGUUCUUAAUUUGUUUAAUACAGAAAUAAUUAUUCGUCCGUCGCUUAGUUUCCUCUAUGUUAGCGCAGUUAGAAUUUUUUAAAUGACAAUGGUAUUGUUUGUGUAAUCAUUAUAAUGUGUAUAUAUACUAUGUGUUAUUUUAAUAUAAUAACAUGUGGAUUGUGUUAUUGUUAAAUUUUAUAAUUUAUAAAUAACACUGUUUUAUUGUUGUGUUUCGAGUGGUCUAUUUUUAUAGAGUGUUCGCUUAAUUAAUUUGAUAGUAAUAUGUGCAUAGUAUGUUAUUACCAGUUCUACUGCGUAACAUAACCAUAUUUCUCUAUGCCAGACUUAAUACAAUUAUACUAUAAUAACUUAGUACAAUAUAAUAACUUCUUAUCUUAAUCGUGUUUAUCGAUGAUACUCGGUUAAUCGGUCUUGAUUAAUUUCUAACCUAUUCCUAUAUUAUUGGCUAUUUUCUGUUUCUUUGUUAUGAAGUUGUCGUUACCUUGUGAGUGUAAUUUGCCGCCUUUACAUAGAAUUUUGGUGCUAAUCUAUACAUUGUUAGUUAAAAUCUUUAUUGUUUAUUGGUUCUACAAUUCUAAUCCUUCAACGCUGAGUCCUUUACUUAGAACGGUUACAUGGUGCGCGUUUGGUAUCUUCUGGUUCUUCGUUACAUGUCUAACACUUAUCAGGACUACUUUUACUUAUCCUAGAAUUUUUCCUGUUGCAGCCUUGACUGUUUCGGUAGUAUCUGGUUCAGUAUUCCAUAAGUAUUCACUUAAGUUUGGUAGUAGGCUUCUUGUAACUGUGUCGGCUUUAAUGUAUAUCUUCAGAUGUUAUGAUUGGUUACCUCGGUAUUUAUUACCUUCGAUAUCUUCAUACCGUCGUAUAUUAUGUUUUGCAAAGUUGGAUCCGUAGCCAAUUCUCGUGGGGUUCCUGCAUGUACACUUUCUUCUACGAUGAUUGGUUGCAUACAGACCUCGUUAACUUAUAAGGUACCUUUUCUUGUUUGCUAAGACCAUUCCGGUAGUAU